AUGCACCAGCACUACGGCCCCGUCUUCCGAGUCUCUCCUAACGAACUCUCUUUUGCCUCCAUCAAUUCCUGGAAACAUAUAUACGGAGCGCCCGCGGGUCAAGGCUUGCACCUGAUCAAAGGCGAGUUCUAUGAUAUCUACGGGGCAGGGUUCAAGACCGGCUGCAUUGGCAGUGAACGGACUCCGAAGGUUCAUGCCCAAAAGAAGAAGAAUCUUACCCCGGCCUUUUCGACAAAAGCCUUACAGGCCCAGGAUGGGAUUAUUCAGCGAUGCAUUGAUGCUUUUGUCGACAAGAUCAGCACUCUCAGUGGUCAGACUGGGUUAGACGUCGUCGAGUGGUAUGAGAUGCUUGCCUUUGACAUUCUAGGAGAGAUGGCGUUUGGGGAGAGUUUUCACUGCAUUGAACGUGAGGAACAUCAUUUCUGGAUCAAACUUAUCCUCGACCACCUUCUCGAGAUCACGUUGGUUGACAAUCUGCGGCGUUUUGGAAUAUUGGCGACCGUGGGUAAGCUCCUUUUACCCCGUUUGACCGUUCAAGUGCGCAAUCGUCAUUCCGGGUACAGUCGGGCAAAGGUUGAAGAGUAUGAUUUCCCAUCUAACUUCCCUUGGAAUAUGAAAACGACGAUGCUGAGUAUCGAUGCCAGGCGUCUGAGUAGUACCUCCGCUCGGCAGGAUUUCUUCACAAAUAUUGCAGGAAAAGUGAAAAGUGGUGAGAUCGACAAGGAGGAAAUGACGGCUCACGCUUCAACUCUUAUCAUCGCUGGAGGAGAGACGGUGGCCACUUGUCUUGCCGCAGCAACAUAUUACCUUUUGAAGACUCCGCAUGCAUACGAACAGCUCAAGAUGGAGAUUCGUGGUCGUUAUCAACGCUACGAGGACAUCGAUGCUGCCUCGGCUCUCCAGCUAACAUAUUUGCAAGCCGUCAUCAAUGAAUCACUUCGCAUUCACCCGCCUGGCUCGCAGGGCUUCCCACGGGUGUCACCAGGGAUUGACAUUGACGGAUAUUACGUCCCCAAAGGAACCGAAGUCUAUACCAGCGCAUGGACCGUGACACAUGAUCCGCAGUAUUUCAAGAAUCCCGACUCCUUCGUGCCAGAGCGUUGGACAGACCCCAUGUGUGCGGACCUCAAAGAGGCUAGUCAGCCAUUUUCACUUGGACUUAGAGCAUGUAUCGGUCGCAAGUAA